AUGGAGUUGGGGGAUUAUGAACAGCCUGUUGUUAUGAGAGAGGAAAACAAACGAAGGAGAAGAAGAAUGAAACCUCAUUGUACAUCAAGUAAUUUAUCAUCAAUGGAACUGAUAUCUAUUGAGUUCAUUUUACCUACAAGCAAUAAACAUACUAAAGUACCAGAAAUUAUAUUACUUGAAAUAGCUGGCAACUGUACAGUUGAGCAAAUGAAAGCACAGAUUUGGAUGCGUGCAAUAGAGAUGAGUCAAGCCACAGAUUUCUACCAUGCAUUCACCCCGGAUCAAUUUAUUCUGCAGUAUCAAAAGAAAGGACAGUGGUAUGAAAUUUAUGAUAAACAUCAAUUAUUACAGACAUUGGACUGCAUACUGUACUGGAAAGUGUUACAGAAAAAGGUAGGCAAGAUCUAUGUUGUCCAGAAACAAAAACCAUCAGAAGAAGUCCAGGAAUUUCAGCAGCAACUUAAUGAUUUAAUUGGCUAUGAUGUUACUGAUGUAAGCAAUGUGCAUGAUGAUGAGCUAGAAUUUACCCGUCGCAGAUUAGUCACUCCACGAAUGAUAGAGGUAGCCUGUAGAGAUCCUAAAUUGUAUGCUAUGCAUCCAUGGACUACAUCUAAACCACUCCCAGAAUAUUUGUUUAAAAAAAUCACUAAUAAUAGCAUUUUCAUAAUCAUACAUAGGGGAACAACUAGCCAAAAAAUUAAAGUGUCAAUAGAUGACACUCCAGAGAUGAUUCUCCAGAGCUUUUUCACAAAAAUGGCAAAAAAAAAGUCUUUGAUGGACAUUCCUGAAGAUCAUAGUGAAAUGGAUUUUGUUCUCAGGAUUUGUGGCAGAGAUGAGUACAUUACUGGAGAAACACGAAUCAAAGAUUUUCAGUGGAUAAGACAAUGCCUUAAGAAUGGGGAAGAAAUCCACCUUGUCUUAGACAAUCCCCCUGACCCAAAUGAGGAUGAGGUUCAGAAGGAAGAGUGGCCUUUGGUGGAUGACUGUACAGGAGUUACUGGGUACCAUGAACAAUUGACAAUAGAUGGAAAAGAUCAUGAAAGAGUCUUUACUAUCUCUUUGUGGGAUUGUAAUAGGAAAUUUAGGGUGAAAAUAAUUGGUAUUGAUAUCCCAGUUUUACCAAGAAAUACUGAUCUCACUGUGUUUGUAGAGGCUAACAUUCAACAUGGGCAACAGCUUCUGUCACAGAGGAGGACUUCAUCAAAGCCUUUUACUGAGGAGGUUGUGUGGAAUAUUUGGCUGGAAUUUGAUACCAAAAUAAAGGAUUUGCCUAAAGGAGCACUCCUCAAUCUUCAAAUAUAUUGUGGCAAAGCACAGGGACUGUCCACAAAGACAAACCUUCAGUCACAUGAAUCUCCCAACUCUGAUUCAAAAUGCAAAACUCAGCUUCUUUAUUAUGUAAAUAUUUUGUUGAUAGAUCACCGCUUCCUGCUACGAAGUGGGGAGUAUGUGCUCCAUAUGUGGAAAAUUCCAGGCAAGGGGGAAGAACAAGGAAGUAUCAAUGCAGACAAGCUCACAUCAGCAACUAACCCAGAUAAAGAAAACUCUAUGGCUAUCUCCAUUGUGCUGGAUAAAUAUUGUCACCCAGUUGCCUUGCCCAAGCACAGAAUAACAUCAGACUCUCAAGGGGAUAGGACACGAGCGGAAAUGCCCAACCAGCUUCGCAAGCAACUCGAAGAGAUCAUAGCAACUGACCCACUUAAUCCACUUUCUCCUGAAGACAAAGAACUGUUGUGGCACUUUAGAUAUGAAAGCAUAAAGCACCCCAAGGCCUAUCCUAAGCUGCUUAGCUCUGUGAAAUGGGGACAGCAAGAAAUAGUCGCCAAAACAUACCAGUUGCUAGCUAAAAAGGAAGUUUGGGAUCAAAGCACUUUAGAUGUUGGACUCACAAUGCAACUUCUGGACUGUAACUUUUCAGAUGAAAAUGUCAGAGCAAUGGCAGUUCAAAAACUGGAAAGUUUAGAAGAUGAUGAUGUUCUUCAUUAUCUUUUACAGCUUGUGCAGGCUGUGAAAUUUGAGCCAUAUCAUGACAGCGCAUUAGCCAGAUUUCUGCUAAAACGUGGUUUGAGAAACAAAAGAAUUGGUCACUUCUUGUUUUGGUUCUUAAGAAGUGAGAUUGCCCAGUCCAUGCAUUACCAGCAGAGGUUUGCAGUCAUCCUAGAAGCCUAUCUUAGGGGCUGUGGAAAAGCAAUGCUACAUGAUUUCAUGAAGCAGGUUCAAGUAAUUGAAUUGCUGCAUAAAGUCACAAUGGAGAUAAAAUCAGUUUCUGCAGAGAAGUAUGAUGUCACUUGUCAAGUUAUUGCACAGCUGAGACAAAAGCUUGAAAAACUGCAGAGCAGCAAACUUCCAGAAAGUUUUAGAGUUCCAUAUGAUCCUGGGCUAAGAGCAGGAGCCCUAGUGAUAGAAAAAUGUAAAGUAAUGGCAUCUAAGAAGAAGCCCCUCUGGCUUGAGUUUAAAUGUGCAGAUCCAACAGCUCUGUCAAAUGAAACCAUAGGCAUAAUCUUCAAACAUGGAGAUGACCUCCGUCAGGACAUGCUUAUUUUACAGAUUCUUCGAAUUAUGGAAUCCAUUUGGGAAGCAGAAUCCUUGGACCUCUGUUUGUUACCAUAUGGUUGUAUUUCUACAGGGAACAAAAUAGGAAUGAUAGAAAUUGUGAAAGAUGCUACAACAAUUGCCAAAAUUCAACAGAGUACAGUUGGCAAUACUGGCGCAUUUAAGGAUGAAAUACUAAACCAGUGGCUCAAGGAAAAAUGCAUGAUUGAAGAGAAGUUUCAGGCAGCUGUGGAAAGGUUUGUUUAUUCUUGUGCCGGAUACUGUGUGGCAACCUUUGUACUUGGAAUAGGAGACAGGCACAAUGACAACAUUAUGAUUACAGAAACAGGUAACCUUUUCCAUAUUGAUUUUGGCCAUAUUCUUGGAAAUUAUAAAAGCUUCCUUGGAAUUAAUAAGGAAAGAGUUCCAUUUGUGCUGACCCCAGAUUUUCUGUUUGUCAUGGGGACUUCUGGAAAGAAGACAAGUGUCCAUUUCCAUAAAUUUCAGGAUGUAUGCGUGAAGGCUUAUUUAGCUCUUCGACAUCACACAAACCUGCUGAUCAUUCUAUUCUCCAUGAUGCUAAUGACUGGAAUGCCCCAGUUAACCAGCAAAGAAGACAUUGAGUAUAUCCGGGAUGCACUGACAGUGGGAAAAAGUGAAGAAGAUGCCAAAAAGCAUUUCCUUGAUCAGAUAGAGGUUUGCAGAGAUAAGGGCUGGACUGUACAGUUUAACUGGUUCUUACAUCUUGUGCUUGGAAUCAAACAAGGAGUAGAAAAGCAUUCUGCUUAAUAUUUUGUGCAAAUCAACUAUGGGUGUGAAUAGGAGGUUAGUGAAUCUACAUGGCAUUUAU